AGCGGCAUUUCCGCGUCCUGCUUGGCCGGCUGUUGCCGCUGCUCCGGGAGCGCCCCGGGAGCGGCUCGGGCCCCCCGGAACCGCCCUGCGACCGCUCCGGAACCGCUCCGGAACAGCCGCGGCUCCACCUCCGGACUCUCCUGCGGCUCGGCCCAGCCCGGCCCGGGCCGCUCCCUCCCCGCCCCGGGUCCGGCGCGGGGCUCGGCGGGGGCGGCCGGGGAUGCCGCGGCGCGGCCCGCGCCAUGUGGUACAUCAUGCAGAGCAUUCAGAGCAAGUACUCGCUGUCCGAGCGCCUUAUCCGCACCAUCGCCGCCAUCCGCUCCUUCCCUCGGGACAACGUGGAGGAUCUCAUCGGCCGGGGCGCCGAUGUGAACUGCCUGCACGGCACCCUCAAACCCCUGCACUGUGCCUGCAUGGUGGCUGAUGCCGACUGCGUGGAGCUGCUGCUGCAAAAAGGAGCUGAGGUGAACGCCCUGGACGGCUACAACCGGACAGCCCUUCACUAUGCAGCAGAAAAAGAUGAAACCUGCGUGGAGAUUUUAUUGGAGUACGGAGCCAACCCCAACGCCCUGGACGGCAACAAGGACACGCCACUGCACUGGGCGGCCUUCAAGAACAACGCCGAGUGCGUGCGGGCCCUGCUGGCCAACGGUGCCCUGGUCAACGCCCUGGACUACAACAACGACACUCCCCUGAGCUGGGCGGCCAUGAAGGGCAACCUGGAGAGCGUCAGCAUCCUGCUGGACUUCGGCGCUGAAGUGCGCGUGGUCAACCUGAAGGGCCAGAGCCCCAUCUCGCGCCUGGUGGCGCUGCUGGUGCGGGGCCUGGGCACGGAGCGCGAGGAUUCCUGCCUGGAUUUGCUGCACAGAGCCACGGGACACUUUGAGCUGCGCAAGAACGGGAGCCUGCCCUGGGAGGUGGCCCGGGACCCGCAGCUGUGCCAGCGGCUGACGCUGCUGUGUUCGGCGCCAGGCACACUGCAGGCGCUGUCGCGCUACGCCGUGCGCCGCUCGCUCGGCCUGCGCUUCCUGCCCCAGGCCGUGCAGCAGCUGCCGCUGCCUGCCUGCCUCAAGGAGUACCUGCUGCUGCUCACCUGAGGGAGGGACAGCUCCCCUUCCCCCGGAUCGCCCCUCACUCCGGGGAGAGGAUCCCCGCUCACUUUGUGGCUUUCCAGGUUCCUCUCUGUGGUGUUUGUUCCCCUCGGCCACCCGGGACCCUGCUGGCCCCUCACGCUGCCUCCCUUUCCUCCCCUUGUCCCUUCCAUUUUGUUGCCUCUGUUUCUCCCCCUAUCCUCUCACACUCCCUCCAGUUCCUCCUCUGUGUUCCUUCUGCUUGUCUCCCUGUCUCCCACUUUCACUCCCUUGCAAUGAACAAUAUCCCUCUGAUGGCAAAUUAUAUCCCAGCUGUUGGAUUAA